AUGCGCAUCUACUCCUCCGGGACGAUCGACGUCCCUUACGAUGUCAACCUCACAGAGCUCCUCCACACAACCGGGCGGCCGCUGCCCGAGUCGCAUCUGAUCGCCGCCGACAAUCUGACAAACCGCAGCAUAUCCCUCGGCGAGCUGCGUGACCGGGCCGGCCGUCUCGCGCGCGGCCUGCACGACAACCUCGUCCCCGAGGAUCAGGCCCGGUGGGCCAUUAUCCUGCCCAACAGCGUCGACUUCCUCGAGCUCUUCCACGCCAUUCUGUGGACCGGCGGUAUCGUGGCCCCCAUCAACUGGGCUCUGAAGGACACCGAGAUCGGCCACGGCCUCGCCGUCAGCCGCCCGACCUACAUUGUCGCCUACGGCGCCAUUCUCGACACCGUCAACCGGGCCAUCCGGAUCGCCGAGCGCGCGCUUGAGGACGCCGGCACGCCUUGGGCCACGCGGCCCAUUGUGCUGACCGCCGUCACGCCCCGGCCCGGUCUGAUGCACCUGGACCGCGAUUUCCUGGCGCCGGUCGGCCACCGCCUGCCCAUCCCGCACCACAAGGACACGUCGUCGCGCGUGGCCACGAUCCACCUGUCGUCCGGCACCACGGGCAAGCCCAAGGGCGUCGAGUUGACCCACCGCAACUACGUGGCCAACGUGCUGCAGCUGUUCAAGCACGACCCGGACCAGUUCCACGCAGGCGUGCGCACGGUUGCCAUCACGCCGUGGGCGCACAUUGGCAUGACCACGAUGCCGCUCUUCAACGCGCCCUACAUGGGCCUGUUCCACCACGCCAUGCCCCAGUACGACUUUGACCAAUUUGCCGCCAUUGUCGACUCGUGCAAGGCCACCACCUUCCAGGGCCCGCCCAGUAUCGUGCUGCAGCUGGCGCGCUCCGACAUCUACGACCGCUACGACUUUUCGCACGCCGAGACCAUGACGGUGGGCGGCGCCAACUUCAAGCCGGACGUUCUGGAGCCGCUGCUCAAGAAGGCCCCCUGGAAGCUCGUGCAGGUCUACGGCAUGACCGAGGCCGCGGGCUACGUGGCCUUCCAGAAGCUCAAGGAGGACGUGCCCGACGGCGUCGUGGGCUACCUGCUGCCCGGCAUUGAGGCCUGCCUCAAGAAGCCGGGCACCGACGAGGACGUGCCCGAGGGCGGCGCCGGCGAGCUGUGGCUGCGCGGACCCAACAUUACGCGCGGCUACCUGUUCAACUCGGACGCCACGCGCUCGGCGUUCCCGGCACCCGGCUGGUACAACACGGGCGACGUGUGCAAGAUUGACACGCUGGGCCGCAUCAGCAUUGUCGGCCGCACCAAGGAGCUCAUCAAGUACAAGGGCUUCCAGGUGUCGCCGGCCGAGCUCGAGUCGUACAUCAACUCGCACCCGGCCGUGUCCGAGGGCGGCGUGGCGGCGACGUGGGACGAGAGCCAGCUGACGGAGCUGCCGACGGCGUGGGUGGUGCUGACCGAGGAGGCGGCGCGGACGCCGGUCACGGCCAAAGCAGCGCUCAAGGACAUCCACGCGAGCAUCGACAGCCAGGUCAGCGGCUACAAGAAGCUGCGGGGCGGCGUGUGGCAGAUUGCGGCGCUGCCCAAGAACCCGACGGGCAAGAUCCUGCGCAAGCAGAUGGAGCAGAUGCGCGAAGGGCCAUGCUCGCUGGACAAGCCGAUUUCGAAGCUGUAA